UCCAAUAGGGCGGAGCUGGUCAUCUGAGCCGCUCAGCCAAUCAGGCGGGGGGACGGCCCUGGGGAUGGCCAGGCCCAUUAACCAAUCAAGAGCAGGUGCCCGCCCCGCCUGUCCCGGGACUGGCGGGGCCGGGGAGCCCAGUGCCCAAGUCGCCCCGGGGUGGCAGUUCCCGUUAACCUUAACCACAAAGUCAAGACGGCAGAGCGGGUGCCCCGGAGGCCUCCGCGGAUGGAGGGUGGCCUGGCUGGUGCGAGCACAGGAGAUGGGCCGGUGAUGAAGAUCAAGCAAGAGAAGCCCGAGUGGCUGCUGCAGACGCUGAUGCCGCAGGCCGUGCUCUCCGAGAAGGAUAAGGAAAACAUUUUCCAGCAGCAUCGGGGCCUCCCGCCAUGCCAGACCGUGGGGAAGCCUCGGGCCCUGGGGGGACAGGAGGAGCCUGGGGGUCCAAGAUGGGCCCCUCCCCCUGAGCAGGCCGGGGGGCUGGCGGGCCGGGCUCUCUCUGCCGGCGAGGGUCACUUCGUGUGCCUGGACUGCGGGAAGAGGUUCAGCUGGUGGUCGUCCCUGAAGAUCCACCAGCGCACCCACACCGGGGAGAAGCCGUACCUGUGCGGCAAGUGCGGCAAGAGCUUCAGCCAGAAGCCCAACCUGGCGCGCCACCAGCGCCACCACACGGGCGAGCGGCCCUUCUGCUGCCCCGAGUGCGCGAGGCGCUUUAGCCAGAAGCAGCACCUGCUCAAGCACCAGAAGACCCACGCGCGGCCCGCCACCCACUCGUGCCCCGAGUGCGCGCGCUGCUUCCGCCACCAGGUGGGCCUCCGCAUCCACCAGCGCGCGCACGCCCGGGACCGCCUGGGCGCCCGCGCGGGGCUGCAGGAGUUGCUGCGGGACGCCGCCGCCGCCCGCAGGGGCUGUCGCCUGCGGCCCGGGCCGCCGCGGGGCCGCCCCGAGUGGGCCUGGCUGGGGCUCUGCCAGGGCUGGUGGCGCCAGGCGGGGGCCCGGGCCGCAGUCGCCGCCGCGGGGCCGGGCGAGCAGCGCCAGUUCAUCUGCAACGAGUGCGGCAAGAGCUUCACGUGGUGGUCGUCCCUGAACAUCCACCAGCGCAUCCACACGGGCGAGCGGCCCUACCCGUGCCCCGAGUGCGGCCGCCGCUUCAGCCAGAAGCCCAACCUGACGCGGCACCUGCGCAACCACACCGGCGAGCGGCCGCACCCCUGCCUGCACUGCGGCCGCAGCUUCCGCCAGAAGCAGCACCUGCUCAAGCACCAGCGCACGCACCUGCCCGGCGCCCAGGCGGCGCGCUGCCCCAGCUGCGGCCAGAGCUGCCCCAGCCGCGCGGCCCUGCGCCGGGCGGGCCUGGCCGGGCCGGGCGAGCCCCGCCAGUUCAUCUGCAACGAGUGCGGCAAGAGCUUCUCGUGGUGGUCGGCGCUCACCAUCCACCAGCGCAUCCACACGGGCGAGCGGCCCUACCCGUGCCCGGAGUGCGGCCGCCGCUUCAGCCAGAAGCCCAACCUGACGCGGCACCGGCGCAACCACACGGGCGAGCGGCCCUACCUGUGCGCCGCGUGCGGCCGCGGCUUCAGCCAGAAGCAGCACCUGCUCAAGCACCAGCGCGUGCACCGGGGGGCCCUGGCGCCCACCCCCAGCGCCAAGGACCAGGCGCUUUAGUGCGCCUCGGACCCAAGCGGACUCGGGGCGGGAGGGGAUGUCUGUGGGGGUGCGCGUGGCCAGGAAUGGUGGCUUCUACGACCCCAGGGGGUAAACCCCCGUCAAAAGGCGAUUUCCUCCAGGCUCCGAAAGCUAGAGAACAGAAUUCCAGUAGCAUCCCAAAGGGGACAGGUAGAGGUCCCAGUGUGGGCUCAGGGAGGACGUAAGACGAAGCAUUGCUCACUCAGGAGCCCGGAUGUGUCCGUCUGUCCCUCGGAGGUGGGAGGGAGGUGGGGAAUGGCCCAGGGCUGGACUGAUUGUCCCCUGCAGGCUGCCGGAUGGCCAGAGGCCAGUCUAGUGCGGGGAGUUUUAACAGACGCGCUGGUAUAGCAAGGACAGAAGCCAAGCAGUAGCGGCUGAGGAGGGUCAAGCACAGUCCCAAUGUCAAGGGCAGUGCCUGGCAUUUAAUGGCCAUUCAGUGCAUAUGUUUGGAAGGACUGAAUGGUUCUGCGGUCCUCCUCAACCCUGAGUGCCCCAAAGCCCAGGGUGCUGCCACAGCGGGCUGGACGUUGGGACUGGUAUGGGUGUGGUGGCCGGACUGGCACCAGAGGGGUGGGUGGCAGCUGAGGUUCAGUAGCUUGGGGAGGGGCCCACAGCAGGAAAAGAAGCCCUCGUGUGGCGCUCCCAGUGGCCGUCACUGACUUGGAUCCUUCUCAAUGUCAGUGUUGCAGAAGAGAAAAAAAUGAAGGAUGGACGGUCUCA